GCCGCUGCUCACAACCAAGAUUAUCGUAGUGCCAUGGGAGAUGGUGGUGCUGCUGUUGGCUUUGGAUACGGAGCCACAACCACAGCGACGGGGUACCAACGUGUGCGGUACACUUCUCCUCCGUUCAGCGGGAAAUCGAAAGAUUUCAACGAAUGGCUAAAUGAUUUCCGCAUGGCAGCUAAUGGCGCAAACCUGUUGGAACAAUUUGAAGAGAGCGGGAGCUUGGAGAUCCCCGUCAACAGCGGAAAGAGCAAGUUUUCGCUGUCACAGCAGUACCGGAGCGAGCAAGUAGAGCUCGCAUUCCACGCGUGGAACUUCCUGUCUCAAUCGUUGAAAGAAAAUGUUCGGAAAAUCAUGAAGAGGGCAGAGACGCCCCCGGGAGCUCUUCGUGAGCUCAAGACCAUACACGACCCUGAAUUAUCUGUACAGCCGUCCGAGGACCUCAAGUCCUGACGUCGACCAAGAUCUCUCGAGGUGAAAACCCCCAAAACGCCCUAUGAGAUGCUCCAAACCGCAAAGUCCUUAACCGAGAAUGGACUAACUGUCAACGAAACGUUCGUCCUUCACCUCUUCCUGGAU